AACUGAAAGAAAGGGGAAGUGGAUUAACAGAUAUGAUGGACGUGGGUGAGUUUGAACCAGAGACCAAUUAAAAGUAAGACAAUUGAAGACGACUUGAGAAUUGAGAUAGCUACUACUCAGCUUUUCAAAGACAUGGAUGAAUUCUUCGAAUUGGGUUUUUCUUGGCAUUUAUAUGAAAAAGACUACGUUGAAUAUAAUAAUCUCUCUUUAAUGAGUUUUCCCACGGAGAUGCAACUCCCAGAACUCUCGCUGUCGCUCUCUCUGUUUUUUUAUCUCAAGAAUGAUCUUGUUAGGAAGUUUCUGCUGUUCUGGUGAAGAAAGAAGAUUCAUGAACUCAUCAAUCAGUAGUAGCAAACAUUUAUUGGUCAAGGUCAGAAUGUACGAGUUCUACUGGAAAAUGACAAAAUGGGUGCAGAAGCAAUUACGAAUAUAUCACAGAAAGACAUUGCGUAAAAGAGAUUAGAUAGGUAGAAUGAUUGAUUUAUAGUACGAAGAGGGAGAGCGAAAGGAAAAGCAAAGGAAAUUUCCGGUGGACUAAUGGAGAUAUUUUUUGAAUCAGCCUUGUUCUCUUAUGGGUUCGGCUUUUGAUUUUGAUUCGGUUGAGGACCCGAGGUUUCAUUCGACGGAAAUGGUGGGGAUUUUGUCGAGUUCCUGUCAGUACAAUGAGUUAGGGUUUGGGACUUCAGGGUUUAGCUGAUGCUGGGUGGAGAUUGAUAAGGUAGCCGAGGAGUUUGGAGCUGAAGAGAGAUGAGAGCCAGGGAGCGAGAGAUCGCGACUUCGGUUCUACUCUGGUUGGUCCUGGUUUUUCAUCCGUUAACGAAGAUCUGUGCCAAUAGCGAAGGUGAUGCUUUGCAUGCCCUACGAACAAAUUUACAAGAUCCUACUAAUGUCCUGCAGAGUUGGGAUCCGACCCUUGUCAAUCCCUGCACAUGGUUCCAUGUUACAUGUGACAACGAUAACAGCGUUAUCAGAGUUGAUCUAGGGAAUGCAAACUUGUAUGGUCAACUUGUCCCACAACUUGGCCUUCUUACAAAUCUGCAGUACUUGGAACUUUUUAGUAAUAACAUCAGUGGAAUUAUUCCCAGUGAGCUUGGGAAUCUGACAAAUUUGGUGAGCUUGGAUCUUUAUUUGAACGGCUUCUCUGGUUCCAUUCCUGACAGCUUGGGGAAGCUGACCAAGCUGCGGGUCCUCCGGCUUAACGACAACAACUUGACGGGUGAAAUUCCAAUGUCUUUGACUAAUAUCAUCGCCCUGCAAGUUCUGGAUCUGUCUAAUAACUGCCUAUCAGGAGUUGUACCAGAUGGUGGUGCCUUUUCAUUGUUCACUCCCAUUAGUUUUUCUAAUAACCUGAAUUUGUGUGGCCUGGUUAAUGGGCAUCCUUGCCCAGGAUCUGCUCUAUCUUCUCCACCCCCUCCCCGUCCUCUGUCUUCUCCACCCUCUGUCCCCCCUCCAGGAGAAAAUAGUGCCAAUGGAGCGACUGCUGAUGUAGUGGCUUUUGGUUCUGGUUUAUUGUUUGCUGCUCCGGCUAUUGGGUUUGCAUUGUGGCGUCAAUGUCAACGUCGACGGAAACCAAAACAGCAUUUCAUUGAUGUUCCUGCUGAGGAUCCAGAAUUUCAUCUGGGCCAGCUGAAAAGAUUUUCUCUGCAAGAACUCAAAGUUGCCACUGACAGCUUUAGCAACAAAAACAUUCUGGGUAGAGGAGGAUUUGGUAAGGUGUACAAAGGACGCUUAGCAGAUGGUCAACCAGUUGCCGUAAAACGACAAAAAGAAGAGCGGACACCAGGUGGAGAGCUGUGGUUUCAGACGGAGGUAGAGAUGAUCAGCACGGCUGUGCACCGGAAUUUGCUUCGGCUCCGAGGUUUUUGCGUGACACCAACUGAACGCCUGCUUGUUUAUCCCUACAUGGCUAAUGGAAGUGUUGCAUCACGUUUGGGAGAAUGUCCACCAGGAGAACCACCUCUUGAUUGGGCUACACGAAAACGGAUUGCUUUGGGAUCGGCUAGAGGGAUUUCUUAUUUACAUGAUCACUGUGACCCAAAGAUCAUUCACCGUGAUAUCAAAGCUGCAAAUGUUUUUUUGGAUGAGAAGUUUGAGGCUGUUGUUGGAGAUUUCGGGUUGGCUAAACGUAUGGACUGCAAAGAUACUCAUGUAACUACUGCUUUACGUGGCACAAUUGGACAUAUAUCCCCAGAAUAUUUUUCCACUGGGAGAUCGUCAGAGAAGACCGAUGUUUUUGGGUAUGGGAUCAUGCUUCUUGAGUUUGUAACUGGACAGAGGGCAUUUGAUCUCGCUCGGCGUAGAAAUAAGGAUGACAUCAUGUUGCUGGAUUGGGUAAAAGGACUUCUCAAAGAGAAGAAGUUGGACAUGUUGGUCGAUCCUGAUCUCCGAAACAAUUAUGUUGAAUCAGAAGUAGAGCAGUUAAUCCAGGUCGCUUUGCUUUGUACACAAGGCUCUCCAAUGGACCGGCCUAAGAUGUCAGAGGUUGUGAGAAUGCUUGAAGGUGAUGGGUUGGCAGAGAGGUGGGAAGAGUGGCAGAAGGUGGAGGUGGUCCGCCAGGAGGUUGAGCUUGCCCCACACUGGAAUUCCUUAUGGAUUGUCAGCUCUACUGACAAUCGGCAUGCUGUUGAAUUAUCUGGUCCAAGAUGACCUUGUGAUGGCUUAGAAAAAAUAAAAAAGCAAUCCUUUUCCCACUCCAUAUGUAUUUUUGGUUAUGCUUUGUGUAAACAUGGUUGGUUUCACCGAUAUUGUAACCAUACCGAAUUUGUUCUCCUUAUUACAUGCAAAGGGUCUUUUUACUGU